GCUGUGUUGUGUCCUCCGGAGCUGCAGGUGGCGCUGUUCAUUCCAACGUCACCGCGCUGUCGUUCAAUCCGUGACGUGGAUUUUUCAUUGAGGCAGUCAGUGCUGCCAGAGCCACAGACCUGCCGACGUCUCACAGCUUUUGCACUAACUUUCCUUACUAUUAGAAGUUGGGACCAGUCGUUAUAUUCUCUCUGUUUGUCACACUUCAACACAGCUUUGUCACCGCUUUCAUAACAGACUCCACAAUGAGUAAAAACAGCAAAGUGUUGAACCUGAAGGAUAAAAUCAGCGGUAAUGAAAUGGACCUGAGCCUGUGUAACCUCACCGAGGUGCCAGUCAGAGAGCUGGCUUUUUUCAGCAAGGCAACUGUUUUGGACUUGUCUUGCAACAACAUUACCUCCCUUCCUCCAGAGUUCUGCAACCUGACCCACCUGGUGAAGGUGGACCUGAGUAAAAACCAGCUGACCGGUCUGCCAGAUGACCUGGGGAACCUGAGCAGCCUUCAACAUCUGGACCUGUACAACAACAAACUGACGGUGCUGCCUGUCAGCUUCUCUCAGCUCAGGAGUCUGAAGUGGUUGGAUCUGAAGGAUAACCCGCUGGAGGCCGGCCUGGCCAAGGCUGCAGGAGACUGUCUGGAUGAGAAGCAGUGCAAACAGUGUGCCUCCAAGGUGCUGCAGCACAUGAGACUUCUUCAGGAUGAGGUUGAUCGUGCACGAGAGAAACGCCUUCUGAGAGAAAAAGAGCUGGAGAGGAAGAGGGAGGUGAAGCAGAGGGAGCGGGAGGCCAGAGAGAAGGAGGCUCGUAAACGGGAGAAGGCAGAAGAGAAGGAGAAGAGGAGGAAAGAGUACAACGCUCAGAUGGCGGCUGCAGCUGCACGGGAACAGCAGAAAAAGAAGGGCGAGGACAAGAAGAAAAAGAACGGACAGGCAGCAGCAGAUAAAAAGGUGGUCGAGGAAUCGAAAGCUAAACCUCGUCGUUCUUUCACCGGCCUGAUGUUCAAGCUCCUCCUCCUGCUGCUCCUGGGAUUGGCCGGAGUGGCUGGCGCCUGCCGGCUGACCGACCUGCAGAAAGAGGCCAUGUGUGUGCCGGUCAACGCUGCGAUGGACGACGGGCUGCUCUGGGCCAAAGAGCAGGAGGCCGUGCUCAGACAGCUUGCACAAAAUCUGUCAUCUGCAGCAAAGGAGUUUCUUGAUUCCAUGCAAACACCCAAAAGCUAAAGCAUCAACUUUCAGAGCUGGAGGUUUUCCACUCCCACCUGUGAAUCCUGGGAUGUUUUUUAAUAUGCUGAAAUCAUGAAUCUCAUUAAGAGGGGCAGCCCUGCAUCCCCUCACCCUGUCUGUGGGGCUGGGAGGUGGAGAGUCCGUACAGAUGGACAAAGGGGGUGGACAGAUGUGCUAAAAUCAUCUUAAAUUCCUAUGGAAUUGUUGUUGCUCUUGUACCCUCUUUGUACUACAGCCUGUUUUUAAAAAACUCAUCAUCUUAAAUGUCUCCCUGAGCACGUUGUGCACUUUAACCAGGUUUGUUUGGGUGCAUAACAUGCAGCGUGGGGUGUAUUUGAGAGAUGUUCAGUGAUGCGUCAGGUGGCCCUGUCUGUGCUGCACUCUUUUGUCGAGUCACGUUUAACUGCAAGUCAGAGUCGUGCAUGAGCUGGUGUUAGAUGUGUCAGUCUGAGCAUGUGCAGUGUGAAUGUAGAGCUCACACCUUCUCCAUCUUAAUAGUCUCACAUCAGUCAAACCAGCUCAAUCUCACAGCUAUAACACAACAUCUGGCAUGCAUCACAUCACAGGUAUCAGGCUAACUUACAGCAGUACAAAAACGCCAAAGAUUUGUUUGAAGCAAUUUAGAAACUGUUUUCAUUACUUACCUGAGAACAAAAUGUCCUGCUCACAGUAACAAUUAAUUGAUUAACAAAUAUUAUUUAUUAUUUUUCUUUCAAUCAAUUAAUUGACUAAUUAGUUCAGCUCUAUUUUGUGUUAAAGAGAUAUUUUGGAUUUUUAUAAGGUGGAGUUGCAUGAGGUUCCAGCUUGGAGAACAGACAUAAAUUAAAAUGUUAAAUUGUACACAUACUGUAUUUAGAAUAUUUUCAACACUUUAUCUUGCCAUCAGACAGCCUGUAACAACAGGUAACUGAAGCCCUUAUGCUUGCUUCAAAGCCACCAGACUCCAUUAGCAAAAAAACAUACUUUUACAUCGCAGAACACAGCAGCUGCUGGUGCACAGCUGCCUUGAUUCUUGAGUUUGUUUGUGUUAUUGUGUCAUUUUGGUGAAUACGAACUAACACUUUAGAGGACCAAAGUCACACAAUAACACAAACCAACGAACCGAUUGAGGCAGUGGUGCACCAGCAACUCCUGUGUUCUGCGAUGUGAAAUUACGUUUUUUGUCAAUGGAGUCUGGUGGCUUUAAAGACUUUUCGUUAGAGCAGCUUAAAUAUGUUUUGCUGCCGCCCACACUGACUAUAGAGAAGUACCUCAUAUGACCCUGUUUUUAAAAAAAAUCCAAACUAUCACUUUAAAAAAUCUGAAUUUUCUCUAACAUUGAUGUUUGCAAUAUCAUUAAAAAAAUCUAGAGUCAGUCAGGCUCUAAUGUAAACUCUUUCCAGUGCACAAACUCUAUUAAAAGGACAAUACCAACAUUUUGAAUGUGCAUCCCAUUUAGCUAGAAAUCCUGUCAACAUCACAAAUAUAAACUAGGACUGCAAGCAGUAGUGAACAGGCCCUCGCAGUACAUGCCUGUCGGGGCAUGCUGCCGUCGGGGUGUGUGCGUUACAGGAACCAGUCGACACCACCCCUAUGAAUUUCAUUGCCUUAAGUGUUAUAAUGUGGCCACGGUACCAAAUAUGAAAUCAGACUGCCACCUAGCACCGAUCAAUAAAACCUUAAAGGGUUAUCCUCAAGGGCAUUGACAAUAAUUAUACGUUUUAUAUAAGUUUUGUAUAAUAAUGCACAAACUAUCCCUUUAAUCCUCAUACAGUGUCUGAAGGAGGACUCUUAACUGAUAUGUAUAAGGACUUAAAGUAAAAUUUUGAGGUACUUUUAUGUAAAUUUUAUGUAACUUUAUACUUCUACUCCACUACAUUUUGAGGCAAAUAUUGUACUUUUUACUCCUCUACAUUUAGCUGACAGCUUUAGUUACUUUUCAGGUCAAGAUUGAAAAUGAAAAACAUGAUACAUUUAAAAUUAUUACCCAUUUUUAUAAAUUAAACCACUUAAAAGUUUAUUAGGUAGUUCAAACGAGCGGAGUGGAGUCAUUUCACAGUGUGGUAUUAGUACUUUUACUGAAGUAAAUGAUCUGAAUACUUCUUCCACCACUUCUUUUUUUACUUUUUCAGGUCGAGUACUGCGCAGUUUACUGCGCAUGCGCAUUACGCUGCAGGGCCGCGCAUGCACAGUACUCGACCUGAAAAGUAAAAAAAAAAAAACAAAGUAUAGAAAAAAAGUUUUUUAAGAAAAAGUAAAGAUGUAAAAAGGACAGUGGUGGAAGAAGUAUUCAGAUCCUUUACUUCAGUAAAAGUACUAAUACCACACUACUUUAAGUCCAGUACUUGAGUAAAUGUACAUAGUUACUUUCCACCAUUGCUACCUGCCUCUUCUAACUUAUACAUAUCAGUUAAGAGUCCUCCUUCAGACACUGUAUGAGGAUUAAAGGGAUAGUUUGGGCAUUAUUAUACAAAACUUGGUACAAUUAUUGUCAAUGCCCUCCUGAGGAUAACCCUUUAAGGUUUUAUUGAUCGGCCCCUAGGUGGCACUGUGGUGGCAGUCUAAUUUCAUAUUUGGUACCGUGGCCACACUAUAACACUUAAGGCAAUUAAAUUAAUAGGGGUGGUAUAGACUGGCCCCCGACGGCAGCAUGCCCCGACAGGCGUGUACUGCGAGGGCCCGUCAGUACUGCUUGCAGUCCUAGUUUUGUUUGAGAUUUAAGAUCUUUUCAUCAUUUUCCAUUUAUUUCCAUUACAGUCUGAAAAAUAAACUCCUACUGUAUGCAAUCCAUCGCCAAAGUUAACAUCAGGUCUGCAGAAAUUUGUGUUUGAGUGAAAAUUACUGUAACAAGACAUCUUCAACACAAAUCUAUCCAGACUUUAUGUUCAUGUUUGAAGAUUAAGUUUAAAAUUACAUUUUUUUUUAAUACUGCACAGACGAAAUAGAAACCAGCGGCUGCAUAGAAGUACAAAAACAAGCAGCAAAAUUUACAAAAAAGUUCUCUGAACAUGUUUUGUUGUUAGGGGGUAUCACAAGUAUGGUCCUUUUUAUAAAGAGUGCAUUGGUAACAGUAAUUAACUUCACUCUAGGUCAGAAACCCUAAAUCAUCUGUAUAAUAAGGACCAAGUGCUGAUAUUUAACUGGCGGUCCAAAGUCUGAAAUGUCUAAUUUUACUAUUGAAAUAAAAGGCAACUGGUAAAUUAUUUUACGGUUCUUUCAGUUUAACUGGUGACUUUUAAAAUGCAACUCGUUUUAAUUUGUCUUCAUGCAAAAAGCUGCAAAGCUGCUGUGGGUCUUGUACAGUUUUGUCCAUGCUCUCAAACAAUGUCAGCAUUAAUAAAUGGCUAUGCACUGCAAGAAAUAUUAAA